UUACUCUCGUUUUGUUCUCGCGAGAUCGCUGCGAGACUAGACAGUGCUGUGUUGGACAAAAUGGCGGAACGCAGGAAAAAGAAGCAGAGGGCCAGAGAAGCUGACUCUGAUGGUGUUUCUAAAGAGGAGACGGCCGUUGGUAAAUACCUGAGGUUCAACGUGCCGACCAAGAAAACCUCCAUCAUGAGGAACAAUGUGGAGUAUUUCACAGCCUCCAAAGCUGUGGACAGUCUGCUGGACUCCAAGUGGGCAGAGGGGAAGGGGAAAACUGAAGUGUUGUUCACUCAUCGGGAGUCUGCUGUCAACUACUGUCAGAGACUUCUGGAAAAGGGGAUGUUUUACCGAGCCAAGAAGAUGGUGAAGAAGGAAGAAAAGAAAAAGAAGGAGGAGAAGAAGACAGAGGAGAAGAAAGAAGGAAAGAAAGAAAAGACCAAGGAAAAGGAGAAAGAAAAGGAGGGAGAAAAAGAGAAGACAAAGGAGAAGCCAGAAGAAGAAGACACUGAAACAUCAGGAAAGAAGGAGGCAGUGGAGGAGCCUGCCAGUAGGGAGGAGGAGGGGGUAGAAGACACGCCCAGCGGUAAGAAAAAGAAGGAAGUUAAAAGGAAAAUGAAGUUGGAAUUCCAUGAGGAACAGAUCUUCUUGGAUGGAAAUGAGCUGUAUGUCUGGGUGUUUGAUCCCAUCCACCCCAAGACCUUUGCCCUGGGACUGGCUCUGGUUGUUGCUGCGGUCAUCGUGGUGUUGUUCCCGUUGUGGCCGUACGAGGCACGACAAGGCGUGUACUAUCUCAGCCUGGCCGCAGCAUUCUUCAUCGGAUUUAUCCUGUUCCUGGCUGUCGUUCGUCUGAUCCUGUUCUGCCUGAUCUGGGCGGGGACAGGAGGACAUCACCACUUCUGGUUCCUCCCCAACCUCACCGCUGACGUCGGCUUCCUGGACUCCUUCAGACCACUCUAACUGUACGAGUACAAGGGACCAGAUAAGGACAAGGGCAAGAAGGAAGACUCGGAAAAGGAAACAGAGCCACAGGGAGAGAGGGAGGAUGAACAUGUCGAAGAGGUGGAAAGAAAAGAAGAGGAAGAAACAACGGAAAAAGGAGAGGAGGAGGCUGAAUCUCCCAAAGACCAGGACGGAUCAGGGUCGGAAAAAGACGCUAACGAUGAGUCAGAAGAAGAUGAACCAGAGGGAAGUGAGGAAGAAGAAGCUUCAGAGAGUGAAGACCAAGACGUUGACGAACAAGGAGCAGAGGAGGAAGGGAAGGGGGGGUGGGAGGUGGAUACUGCCAAUGGUGAUAACGGGUUUGAAGUUAUAAAGAAGGAAGAGUUGGAAGUGGAGGGGUUAGGGACGAAGGGUCAGGGUGACGUCACACAAACACAGGACUGAACACACACGACUGGACACUCACCUUGUACAGUACACAUAGCUGGUAGGGUCUCAGCAUGUCAGCAAUACACGUGGAAUAUGAAAUAGGCAUGCUUGUUGCUUAUGUUCAGAUAUAAAACUAUUAAAGUGUGCUUUAGCAUACCUAUUUAAAACUUGGCCUAAAGUGGAAGAUUUAUUCCUCCCUGUGUCUGUUUGUAAAAUUUUCUCUAAUGUUUACUGACAGCUACAGGAACAAUUUAAGGUCUUACAUGUUAUUGGUUCGGAAGCUCCAUAAAGUAGUAGUUAUAAUUUGAUGUCUAAAUAGCUGGACAACAACAUAAUGUGUUGACAUGCAUAUGCACUACUAACUUAGAACCUCAAAAAUAUCAUUGCUUUUGGCAUUAGGAUAGAUGUUUUGUCAAAGACAUGCAAUUAACAGAAAAGGUAGAUUGCAUCUCAACACACACGACUCCAAAUUUUCUGCUGUUUUCUCGAUCCAUCUCCAUAAUUGCGCGGCUUUUGCACAUCUUAUGAUAGUUCACAUGUCUGAAUCAGAAUCUUAGAGUCCCUAAAAACAGGUCACUUUCAUUUCAUAAAUAUAAUGAUGCUGUCUUUCCAAACUAACCAUCCUGAUUUACUACAGGGUGCUUCUUUCCUGCAGAGCUUGACAAUGUUUUCAUUCCUAAGAAUGUUGCCAUAUACUUUCAUUUAUACUUCAAUUCGCCAUGUUCUGCUCUGUUCAUAUAUUGACAGAAUAUAUUUAUAACCUUGUAGUUGUUAUUGUUUACAAUGUAGUUUUAAACAGUGUGAUGAUGCCCAUGCUCUGUAACAUUACUUACAGAUGGUUGAGUGUUAACUUGCCAUAGCUUGGUUAAUAAUAACUAAUCUCAUGUACAGUUCAGCUGAGAUUACAUGAUAUUGUGUUACUUUGUAUUCAUAUAUAAGCAAAGGUAUUUAAUGAUUACAGCAAUAUUAAUGGCUACUGAAGUUCCUUGUAUGAAUGUUAUGAAGGAAAUGCCUUAUAGUUGCAUGUAUAGAAGUGUGGUUUAUCGUAUCUCUGUUCAAGGAAAAGUGAGAAUAAGAAACUGUUCUUUCUAAAUAUUAAAGAAACUAAAGUUCUACUACAUUCCAAUAUGGAUAGUGGAUAGGGGGUUCCCCUUGUGUAUUUUCCAACAGGCUAGUUACAAGGCAAGAAGCAUCUCAAUGUGUAUUGUUCGUAAGCUGAACCAUACCAUACCCCAUGGCAAUGUACAUUUUAUUGCAUAAAAUAUAGAAUGUAUUAUAUGAAAUAAAACUUCACCCAUUGUCUUCCAAUUAUGCUCUCAAAAUGCUGAAAACUUGCCAGGAAAAGGACAAAUAACUGAGAACUGUUCCAUUUGAAUACAAUGACUUUUAUUUUACUUCUAUUUAAUUCCUUGGAAGUAUAAGGGGAUGGGUUCUUGCAAAGUGUUAUUGUAGAAAAGUUGUGGGUUUGAAACAGUUGCUAGAAAGUAUCUUGUGAAAGAGAUGACAACUUGUGAACGAUGGUGUUCUGUUGUAUGUAGAUUACUGACAGUGUGAAAAGUUGAAGUCUAUAUGUUUCUUAAGAUUGUAGUCGGAAUGGCGAAAUGCCAUACUUGUAAAUAUCACUACAACAAUAGGUCUUGGAAGACAAUUUCUUUCAGAUAUGCCAUUUUUUUCUCGAUUUUUUACUCCUUUUGCUCAAAACAAUUGUCUCUACAUUUUCCCAUUUCCAUGUAUAAAUUUCCAGCUAUUCCAUUGGAAAGGAAAGUUAUAGAGGGGCUGUCAGGAAUGUUUCUUUCCAAGCAAUUCAUGAUUUUUUUUUUGUUUUUGACAGUUGUAAAAGAUACAAAAGGUAUAUACAGAAGUAAUUAGGUUAGAAGUUUUUCCUGACCCAGAAGUGGAACUAAACAGCCUCAAGUAGAUUCCUCCUUCAUUAGCUGGUGAAGGGCGGUUGUACUGGCUAUACAGAUAAGUGUAGUACUGUAUGAUGUACAUGUAAUAGAUGCAUCGCAUUGGUGCUAUCUUUUGCACAUUCCUAGAAUAUUUCUCUCAAAAUUUGUUGUCCAAAGACAAGCAGCUCUAUGCUUCAUCAAAAAAAAAAUGAACAGUUACAUGUACAUGUAUAGCAAAGAUAUUUUUCUUUUUCCUUGUCAUUGAAGUUGAUAUAUAUACUCCACUGCAUACAUGUAACAUUACAUGUAUGAGUAAAAGUUUUAAUUAUUAAAUCCUCUUCAUU